AUGAUUCCUGUCACUGAACUGCGCUAUUUUGCUGAUACCCAGCCAGCAUACCGCAUCCUGAAACCAUGGUGGGAUGUCUUCACGGACUACAUUUCCAUAGUUAUGCUGAUGAUUGCAGUGUUUGGAGGGACACUUCAGGUCACUCAGGACAAAAUGAUCUGCUUGCCCUGCAAAUGGGUUACCAAAGACUCCUGCAAUGACUCUUUCAGAGGUUGGACAGCUGCAACUCCAGACCCCACUUACUAUAACUCUAGUCUUGUCCCAUCUCAGGACACUGGGCCUACAGGGAUCCGAUAUGACCUAGACCGGCACCAGUAUAACUAUGUGGAUGCAGUGUGCUAUGAGAAUCGCCUUCACUGGUUUGCCAAGUAUUUCCCUUACCUGGUGCUGCUACACACACUGAUCUUCUUGGCUUGCAGCAAUUUCUGGUUCAAAUUCCCAAGGACCAGCUCCAAGCUGGAGCAUUUUGUGUCUAUUCUGCUGAAGUGUUUUGACUCUCCAUGGACAACAAGAGCACUGUCUGAGACAGUGGUGGAGGAGAGUGAUCCCAAGCCUGCCUUUGGGAAGAUGAAUGGCUCCAUGGAGAAGAAAUCUUCCACAGUCAGUGAGGAUGUGGAAGCCACUGUCCCCAUGCUACAGAGAACAAAGUCGCGGAUUGAGCAAGGGAUUGUCGAUCGCUCUGAGACGGGCGUCUUGGACAAGAAAGAAGGGGAACAGGCCAAAGCGCUUUUUGAGAAAGUUAAAAAGUUCCGCACGCACGUGGAGGAGGGAGACAUAGUCUAUCGCCUCUACAUGAGACAAACCAUCAUCAAGGUGAUCAAAUUCAUCUUGAUCAUCUGCUACACUGUCUACUAUGUCAACAACAUCAGGUUUGACAUUGACUGCAAGGUGGACAUCGAGAGCCUGACAGGUUAUCGCAUGUACCGCUGUGCUCACCCUCUUGCCACUCUCUUCAAAAUCCUAGCCUCUUUCUACAUUAGCCUGGUGAUCUUCUAUGGACUGAUCUGCAUGUACACACUCUGGUGGAUGCUGAGGCGAUCCCUCAAGAAAUACUCCUUUGAGUCCAUCCGGGAGGAGAGCAGCUAUAGUGACAUCCCUGACGUCAAGAACGACUUUGCUUUCAUGCUGCACCUGAUCGACCAGUACGACCCCCUCUACUCCAAGCGAUUCGCUGUCUUUCUGUCUGAAGUGAGUGAGAACAAGCUGCGGCAGCUGAACCUCAACAAUGAGUGGACCUUGGAGAAGCUGCGGCAGAGGAUCACCAAGAACUCCCAGGACAAGCUGGAGCUGCAUCUCUUCAUGCUGAGUGGCAUCCCCGACACCGUCUUUGACCUUAUUGAGUUGGAGGUGUUGAAGCUGGAGCUCAUCCCCGAUGUUACUAUCCCUCCAAGCAUUGCCCAGCUCACCAGCCUUAAGGAGCUGUGGCUCUACCACACGGCUGCCAAGAUUGAGGCCCCAGCCCUUGCCUUCCUGAGGGAGAACCUGAAAUCUUUGCACAUUAAGUUCACAGACAUCAAGGAAAUCCCUCUGUGGAUUUAUAGCCUAAAGACCUUGGAGGAGCUCCACUUGACAGGGAACCUGAGUGCAGAGAACAACCGUUACAUUGUGAUCGACGGACUGAGGGAACUGAAGCGGCUCAAGGUACUUCGGCUGAAGAGCAACCUCACCAAGCUGCCGCAGGUGGUGACGGACGUUGGUGUGCACCUCCAGAAGCUCUCCAUCAACAACGAGGGUACCAAGCUCAUUGUCCUCAACAGCCUUAAGAAGAUGGUCAACCUGACAGAGCUGGAGCUGAUCCGCUGCGACCUGGAACGCAUCCCACACUCUAUCUUCAGCCUCCACAACCUCCAAGAGAUCGACCUGAAGGACAAUAACCUCAAGACCAUUGAGGAGAUCAUUAGCUUCCAGCACCUACACCGUCUCACUUGCCUUAAGCUGUGGUACAACCAUAUAGCCUACAUCCCCAUGCAGAUCGGCAACCUCACCAACUUGGAGCGCCUUUACCUUAACCGCAACAAGAUAGAGAAGAUACCCACCCAGCUUUUCUAUUGCCGGAAGCUGCGGUACUUGGAUCUCAGCCACAAUAACUUGACUUCUAUACCAGCAGACAUUGGGCUACUGCAGAACCUGCAGAACCUAGCUGUGACAGCCAACAGGAUUGAGAGUCUCCCACCUGAGCUCUUCCAGUGCAGGAAGCUGCGGACCUUGAACCUGGGAAACAAUGUGCUGCAGUCACUGCCAUCGCGGGUGGGCGAGCUGACCAACCUGUCCCAGAUAGAGCUGCGGGGGAACCGCCUGGAGUGCCUGCCGGUGGAGCUGGGGGAGUGUCCUCUGCUGAAACGCAGUGGGCUGGUGGUGGAGGAGGACCUGUUCAACACCCUGCCCCUGGAGGUCAAGGAGCGGCUGUGGAGGGCAGACAAAGAGCAAGCUUGA